AUGGUCGACAGCGCGCAGGCGGCAACAACAAAGGUCGCGUGGUCACCCACCCCAGAAGGCCGUCCUCAAUCGCCCAUCUGGAUGACUCGAGCGCGAGGCUCUGGCGGCGCCGGCGGGUCUGGGAGCGCGUUAAAGGCGACAAAACCUGUGGUCUACUCAAAGUUUCUCCGCUCCGAGUCACCGGUACGCUAAUAAAGUCUGCUACUGAAACUUGCUGAGUAGCACUUUUUUAUUAACAUGUUGUUCACUUUCGACUCAGACCCUGUUUUUAUGUGUGCAGGACUUGCCAGAUACUUUUUAA